AUGGACGAUAGAAAUGGUGAAACCCGUCAGCUGUGUUAUGCUGAGCUGAAAGGGAGAGUUUUGAGAUCCGAGUGCUUUGAGCAAGAAGGAUUGUACUUCCAGCUUGCUGCAUACGCCCUUCAAGCUGAUCUUGGAGAUUGUGAAGAACAAAACUUUGCAUACUUCUGCCCACAGGGAUUUUUCCCUUUUUGGAUUGUACAGAAGCAUGGGAAUGAUUAUAUCCUGAAGCACACCCCAGCCCUGCACAGAGAGCUUAAAGGAAUGUCAUCCAGCGAGGCUGCCUUGCUUUUCAUACAGGAAGCAUUUACCUUGAGUGAUGUGCCUCUCACCAUCUAUAGAUUGUCCAAAGAAAAGAAAAAACCACAAGGUUGUGUCCUCAUGGGUGUGGCAUCCACAGGACUGCAGAUCUCUGAGGUCAUUCCAAAAUCAUGGCCAAUUACAUCAUUCAUGCCAUGUGUAUCAUACUGA